AUGGGUGCCCGCCUGGGGUUGGGCAAGAUGGACUUCUCGCUGUCCGCAGCGCUCAACUCGGAGUUCAGGGAGACGCGCACUAAUGAGAAGGUGGAGAUGAUGGAGCUCAACGACCGCUUCGCCAGCUACAUCGAGAAGGUCCGGCUCCUGGAGCAGCAGAACAAGGUGCUGGUGGUGGAGCUGAACCAGGUGCGGGACCAGGAGCCCUCGCGCCUGGCCGACGUCUACCAGGAGGAGCUGCGUGACCUGCGGCGCCACGUGGAGCAGCUGGCCACCGCCCAGGCCCGUCUGGAAGCGAGGGACAACCUUGCCGAGGACCUCGGCAGCCUCCAGCAGAAGUAAGGCGCUGCCCUGCUUGGGGUAGUCCUGGGGACCAGGGUGGCCACCAGGAGCAGGAUGGCCCCAGGGACCAAGGCCGUGGACGCCGCCGCCUUGGCUCGCCUGGACCUGGAACGGCGGGUGGGGACCCUGCAGGACGAGAUAGCCUUCCUCCGCAAGGUCCACGAGGAGGAGCUGCGGGAGCUGCAGGAGCAGCUGGCCCGGCAGCGGGUCCACGUCGAGGUGGACGCAAGCAAGCCGGACCUGACGGCCGCCCUGCGCGACAUCCGCAGCCAGUACGAGGCCAUGGCCGCCAGCAACGUCCAGGAGACCGAGGAGUGGUACAAGUCCAAGUUUGCAGACCUGACGGACGCGGCCGCCCGGCAUGCAGAGGCCCUGCGCGUGGCCAAGCAGGAGGCCAACGAGUACCGGCGCCAGCUCCAGGCCCUCACCUGUGACCUGGAGGCUCUGCGGGGUUCGAACGAGUCCCUGGAGAGGCAGCUGCGGGAGCUGGAGGAACGCUACGCCCUGGAGACGGCCGGCUAUCAGGACACGGUGGUGCGGCUGGAGGAGGACAUCCGCAGCCUCAAAGAGGAGAUGGCCCGGCACCUGCAGGAGUACCAGGAUCUGCUCAACGUCAAGCUGGCCCUCGACAUCGAGAUUGCCACAUACCGCAAGCUGCUGGAGGGCGAGGAGAGCAGGAUCACCAUCCCCGUGCAGAGCUUCUCCAACCUGCAGAUCCGAGAGACCAGCCUGGACACUAAAUCCGUGUCAGAAGCCCAUCUGAAGAGGAGCAUCGUAGUCAAAACGGUGGAGACCAGAGAUGGAGAGGUGAUCAAGGAGUCCAAGCAGGAGCACAAGGAGGUGGCGUAG